UGCAACCCGAAUCGAUUUGUGGCCUUUACUCGUGGCUGUGCUUUACCGCCGCCGUGGCCUCUCUCUCGGUUGUGGCCAGGGCUACCAUCCCAAGCACCGCGAUGUCUCUCCUCUCCACAUUGUUUGUUCCAAGCGCCAUCGUGAUCAGCGCUUCUUUCUCUGGCGGUACUUUGCUUCCUCUCUCAACUCGAUAUGAAGGAUCAAUGGUAGCUUGAAUUUCUUUCACAAUUCAGAAAUACAUCAAAAGUUCGAUAGUGAAAUAAAAAUCCGUUUGCGCAGAGAAAGAGAAUGAUGGGAAGUCUGACUCUGAACCUGAGAGUGACACCUUGUAGCUCCUUCACCACCUGCCUUCUUCACCCUCCUUCUCUUUCCAAACCCUCCUUUCUCAUUCAACCCUCCAAUAUCCCAACAACCUCACUCUCCCUCUCCGCUUCUUCUUCUUCCUAUGAUGCACCAAUCUCUACACCAACCCCCAUUUUCCUCCCUUAUCUCCAACAGCAAGAGGAAGAUGUUGAGGCUAUAGAAAUAAUACAUGAAGAACAAAAAGAAGCACAAGAAGAAGAGCAACCCUGUGACCCAAUCUAUAAAUUCUUCAAAGAAAGGACUUUGGUUCCUUCGCAAGACCCUCUAAUUCAAGGCAAAUUGACCCUCCAGAAGAACCGUCAAAUUUCUUGGCACCUUGCUGUGGAUACCGCCCUUGACUCUGAUGAACAACAAGAGGAAGAAAUUGAGAUGGGUUUGGACCAAGUUCCAUAUAGUAUUGAGGAAGAAGAAGGUGAAGACAACAAAAUCGGGUGGAAGAAGGAACUCCCACAGGGCAUUAUUGGAGAAAUUGUUCAUCUGGCAAGGAACCUCCCUGAGAAUUUGACACUUGAAGAGGCUUUGGACAAAGGCUUUGAAGGGAGGGUCAGUGAGGAAGAUUGCUGGGAGGUUCUUGAAGUUCUUGAGGAGGAGAAGUUUAUAUUAUGUUGCUUGUACUUCUUUCAGUGGAUGAGGUCUCAGGAGCCUUCGCUUGUUACACCGCGCUCGUGUACUGUGUUGGUCCCGGCAUUGGGGCGGGCGAGGAUGGGUGAUAAGUUGAUGGUUUUGUUCAGCAACUUGCCAUCCACAAUGGAGUUCAAAGAUGUUCAUGUUUAUAAUGCUGCAAUUUCAGGCCUUCUGGAUGGUGGCAGGUAUGAAGAUGCUUGGAAGGUGUACGAGGUAAUGGAAACUGAAAAUAUUCGACCAGAUCAUGUUACGUGCUCUAUUAUGAUUGUCCUUAUGAGAACACUUGGCCAUAGUGCGAAAGAUGCAUGGCAGUUUUUUGAGAAAAUGAACAAAAAAGGGGUCCAAUGGUCUGAAGAAGUUUUAGGUGCAUUAAUAAAGUCAUUUUGUGUUGAGGGUCUAGUGAAUGAAGCUCUCAUCAUCCAAAUCGAAAUGGAGAAGAAGGGGAUCUCUCCAAAUGCAAUUGUGUAUAACACUCUUAUGGAUGCAUAUUGUAAAUCUAAUCAUGUAGAAGAAGCUGAAGGUCUUUUUGUUGAGAUGAAAUCUAAAGGGAUUAAGCCGACUGAGGCUACCUUCAACAUUCUAAUGCAUGCAUACAGCAGAAGAAUGUAGCCGAAGAUUGUGGAAAAGCUUCUGGAAGAAAUGCAGGAUGUUGGCUUGAAGCCAAAUGUGAAAUCAUAUACUUGUCUAAUUAGCGCAAACGGGAAGCAGAAAAAGAUGUGUGACAUGGCCUCCGAUGCAUUCUUGAAGAUGAAGAAAGUUGGCAUACAACCCACUUCACAUUCUUAUACAGCUCUGAUACAUGCGUAUUCGAUUAGUGGCUGGCAUGAGAAAGCUUAUGCUGCAUAUGAAAGCAUGCAAAGGGAAGGAAUCAAACCUUCCAUAGAAACCUACACUGCUUUACUAGAUGCAUUUAGGCGUGCCGGUGACGUGGCAGAAAUUGGCGAGUUAAGAAAUUAUUAUAAGAGAUGCGUUGCAAGUA